GGAUAUCUGAUGCAACAAAAGCAAAAUAUAUGUGUGAAUGUUAAAGCUAUCUAUUGGCAUUUUUGUAUUUGGAAAACAAAAUGUCUAGAAACAACAGGUGUACCAGGAGUUAUUAAUCCAAGGAGACUGUCUGCAUGUAUAAUUGUAUAUUGGAUAAGCCACGUGCAUAAUUGGGCCGAACACGAAAGCAUGGAAAUUCGCAGGAUAUACUCAGCUAUGGUUUACAUAAUGCUAUCAAGUGUCAGAUCAGAUAGUGACAAAAGCAACGACAACUCACAUCCGACUCAACAUGGGCUGAAUAUGAAAGAACAACGGAACAAAUCUCUUUCACAGUCCUCUUUGGAUUUGAAAUAUGUCUGUGGAGUAGACAUACUUAGCACCAGACAAUAUAUUCAGGAUUUCAGGCUGACAUGUGUUUAUAAAGGAAAAACUAUAGACCAAUGUGGAUCAUUACUUGGAUCAAAAGACUCGUAUUGGGAAGUAUCUCGAGAUGUCUCCUCAGAUGCCAAACCUUAUAUACAGAUAGACGUCUCUCAUCUAGUAAAUCCCCUAAUAGACCAAAUAACUAUACAAGGCAAUGUGAAAACAGUGAAAAUCCUAAUAAUCCAGGACCCCAACGGAAAAAGAAGAUAUUCUCCCAUCCAAGGGAAUGGUAUAUAUGAUACCAGCCGGAUUAUAUUGCUUGAUAAUCCCAAGCCAAGCGCAGUAUUCAUAAAGCUAGUGAUGAUGGAUCUUCGAAAUUCCAAUGAAACAGCGUUUAAAGUAAAUAUUUCCAUAAAAUGCUGCAUACAAAAACAAGCCAUGGCAAUGUUCAAAUGCUGUGUGAAGCACAAGGUCUCGACGAAGUGUCUGCCCAUGUGUUGGGGAAUACAGCGAUUUAUAGAUUGGCCUUUAUGUUUUUACUUAUAUUCACAUAUACAGAAAUCAUGUUCAGAUGGAAGCCCCGUGGAAACACCAUGGCCUUGGUUGUUGUCUGGCACAGAAGGUGAACCUUACAAUUUUAUUGGACAAUAUUCCAAUCAUUCCAUGACAACACGAUCACAAACUACAAGCAGAGGGAUGACAGUUUUGUGUCACACUGGACUUACAUAUGCCGUCUACGCCCUUUAUCUGAUUGCCCUUUGGAUGUACUAACAUCUCCAGAUCUCGACUAAAACUCAAACACAUAUAUGCAACAUGGAGGAUAUUUAAUUCCUAUAUUUUCAUAUUCUUGCUUCUUUUACUAUUUCCAUGAUGCGUGGCUCUACUGUAUUGCUGAUAACUUAAACUGUAGUACCAGGUGAAUAAAUACAUUUGGAGCCGAUGCAUUUGUAUAAGCAAUAAA